UUGUUGGUUGUUAUAACCAAAGAAUAUCAAAUUAUCAACCUUAGAUAAGAGAAAUCUCUUCUCUAGAAUCUGUACUCGUUUCUUUCAUCUUUUUAAUUUUUUUCUAUGGUGAGUGAAUUUUAGCUCUAGAUUAUAUUCUUGAUUAUUCCGAGCGGGGGAGAUGAGUGUUAACGAGAAUAGAUUAGAAACAAUUCAAACAUUAAGUAAUCAUAAAGGUAGAGUUUGGCAUGUCAGUUGGCAUCCAGAGGGUAAAAUGUUUGCUUCAUGUGGCGAAGACUGUACCAUAAGAAUUUGGUCGGUGGAAGGAAAAAAUCAGUGGGUUAAUAAAGUUGUUUUGAUGGACGGUCAUAAAAGAACUGUUCGGCAAGUUUCCUGGUCACCAUGUGGAAAUUACCUGGCAUCUGCCAGUUUCGAUGGUACUACAUGUAUCUGGGACAAAAAUUCUGGACAAUUUGAAUGCAAUGCUACAUUAGAAGGACAUGAAAAUGAAGUUAAAAGUGUAGCAUGGGCCCCAAAUGGUAAAUUGCUUGCAACCUGCAGUAGAGAUAAAUCCGUAUGGGUAUGGGAACUUGUAGAUGAUGAAGAAUACGACUGUGCAGCAGUACUGAAUGCUCAUUCUCAAGAUGUGAAGAAGGUCACUUGGCACCCGAACAGUGAAAUUCUAGCCUCAUGUUCAUACGACAAUACUAUAAAGCUUUUCCAAGAUGAUCCAAGGGAAGGAGAUUGGACAUGUCAAAGCACUCUAGAAGGGCAUCUCUCCACUGUAUGGAGUAUUGAAUUUGAUAAAUCAGGGAAUAGAUUGGCGUCUUGCAGUGAUGAUUUAACAAUUAAAAUAUGGAUGUUGAAAGAAGGUGAAUGGAUAUGUGUUCACACUAUAGAAGGUUUUCAUAGCAGGACCAUCUAUGACUUGAGCUGGAGUCCCACAGGAUUAAUUGCCACUGCUUCGGGUGAUGAUGGACUGAGAAUAUUCAGAGAAGAAACUGGGUUAGGAACAGAUAAGAAUGUUUACAAACUAAUAGCUGAAAAUCGACAAGCCCACAGUCAGGAUCUGAAUUCUGUUGCAUGGAAUCCAAUAGAUCCCAGUGUUUUGGUGACUGCUAGCGAUGAUGGAGAAAUCAAAGUUUGGCAUUUUGAAUGAAUGUAUCAUCAAAUUGAAUGAGAAUAGCUUGUUAGCAUUUGCAUAGUUAUACUCAUGAAUCUAGAGUUUAAAUGAAAGUGUUUCAUGUUCAACAAAUGUUUGAAUUUUUCCCAAUUUGAAAAAUUUGGUAGAAUAUUUGGAAAACAAUUGUAUUUGUUCAUCACUAAAAUUUGUUGGAAUUUUACAAGAGUUGGUUGAUAUUAUAUGAAACAGAGUGUUUAUAAAUGUAUUGUUAGUAAUCUUUAAUCUCAUCUUUUUUCAAUAAAAUAUGGGAUGGUU